ACCUUUUAGAUAACUACCACCAAAACUAAUUAACUUCACUUAAAAAUUAAGAAAGGAAAACUAAGAAGAUAUGGACUCACAAACCUCUCAAAAGCUUCCAGCCAUAGACUUCACCAACAUCAACUUAGCCAAUAGAGAGUUGGUUAAGUCCCAAGUCUACCAAGCACUAGUAGAAUAUGGUUGUUUUGAAGCCACUUUUGAUAAAAUUCCUUUACACCUUCGCAAAGCCAUGUUUGAUGCAAUACAAGAGCUGUUUGAUCUUCCUCUAGAGAUUAAAACACUCGAUGCAUGUAAGAUGAACCAUCAAGGUUAUGUUGGGCAAACUCCUGUAAUACCACUUUUUGAAAGCCUUGGUAUUGACCAUGCAAAUAUUUUCCAGAGAGUGGAUACCAUAACCAACACCUGGUGGCCUCAAGGAAACCCUAGUUUUAGCAAAACUAUAAAUUCCUUUAGUGUGAAGCUAGCAGAGUUGGAUGAGACCAUUAGGAAGAUGGUUUUGGAAAGUUUGGGUGUUGAAAAGUACAUAGAAGAGCACAUGAAGUCAACUGAUUACCUUCUCCGAGUUAUGAAAUACAAAAGUCCACAAACCAAUGACAAAAAAUUAGGCCUGGUGCCACACACAGAUCAGACCCUUGUGACCAUAUUGUACCAGAAUCAAGUGGGGGGUUUAGAAGUAAUGACAAAAGAUGAGAAAUGGAUAAGCUUCAAGCCUUCUUCUCCACAUAGCUUCCUAGUUUUAGUCGGUGAUUCAUUUAAAGCAUGGUCAAAUGGGAGGUUGCAUUCACCAUUCCAUAGAGUGAUGAUGAGCGGGAAUGAGACAAGAUAUUCUUUAGGGUUGUUCACUCUCCCAAAAAAAGGAUGUAUUGUUAAUGCUCCAGAUGAGUUGGUGGACGAGGAACACCCUUUGCUCUUUAAGCCUUAUGAUUUUGUUGAGUUUCUAAACUAUCGUUACUCCGAAGAAGGUUUUAGAGAUCCAUUUUCUCUACGCACUUACUGUGGUGUUUGACCUUAUAACUUAUAUCGUUAGUACUGUAUUGAGAUAAAAUUGGUUUUGUUUUGUCCUAAACAAUUUACCUUAGAUUGGAUGCUAGUAUAUGUUUGAAGUCAUUGCGAUUGUAGCGUGAUUUUGUCGUGUUGUGUUCAAAGAUCUCCUAGAAGAUUUUCCUUUGCCAAAUAAAACCAUUUUGUAUAUUACAUUAUUUAUAUUGUCAAUCGUCAUUCCCCAUUAUAUAUAAAUAGAGUAUUCAAGUUUUUGGCAUCCAACUUGCAUGCAUCUAAAUUGUCGGUUCAGUUUGUAAGCUAAGCUUAGUUAAAAAUUUAUUUUGGUUCGAGAUCAGUUCGGUUCCAGAUCUCAAUUAAGUUCGUGAGUUCAAUUCGAUUUAAAAGUUCAUUGUAGUUUGAGAUAAGUGUGGUUAAAAUCUCAUAUUGGUUUUUGUGGUCAGUCUGGUCAAAACUUCGGUUCGGUUCGUGAGUUCAAUCCAAUCAAAAGCUCAUCUGGUUUGAGAUAAGACAGUAGAAAAUUUCGAUUUAGCUUGAAGACUAACCAUUUCAAGCUGUUGUUUAGAAAGAAGACUAACCGCUUCAAUUUGCUUUUUGGAAAGAAGACUAAUCGCUUCAAUAAGGUGUUUGGAAAGAAGACUAACUGCUUCUCGCCAUUGUUCGUCAUUUGAUUGGAAGUUAGCCUGAAAUUUUAUUUUCCUUGUAUAAGGGGGUUUGAGAGUUUAACCUAUUAAAAGCUCUUAAGAAUUACUAGAUGCUCUCAAAAUCAAAUCUUGGGGAAAUAACUGAGUCUUCUUGAGUGGACUUGUAUAAACUUUUGGUCACUUCUCUUUUCAUUAACUCUCUAUUUUUCCGCAUAUUUACUUUCCACUGCUAAUCUUUUAAAAAAAUAAUAAUAUGCUUUUAAACUCUGAAAAAUAAUCACAAAAAGUUUUCAAACUAUAGUUUUUCUAAAACCCACAAUUCACCCUACUCUUGUGUGUGGAGUCACAUGUCAAACAUAGGCGCCAUGCUGCUAGUAGAGGUCAACACCUCUACAUGGAAAAGAGAACGCUUCAAUGAAGAGGACAACCAGACCGGGUUAGAAAGUGUGGCAAACCUGGUCGAAGAAGUAUGAGAAAUAGCUUUCAUUCAAGAGUUUGCAGCGAUGCAAAGAGCAUAAAGAAGGUACAACACUAAGGUAUGACAAAGACCGAUGGAGAGCUUAAAGAAAGUGGCAGAUCCGACAAAGAAAAAAAACCACAUCCCAAUUGGAAGGACCGUACACGGUACUACAAAAGUUGUCCCAUGAGGCUUGUAAGUUGGAGAGCUUAGAAGGAAAGGAAGCUCCCAGAACUUAGAUUGCGGCGAGCUUCAGACAUUACU